ACUCAAUUUUCAAUCAUUCUCGUCUGCUUAUCACAAAUUUUUUCAAAAUUGUUUUUAAAUUGGGAUUUGGAAAAAAAAUCACCGAAACAUGGGCAAAAAAAGCUCGAGUAAAGCAACGAUUCCAAAUGAGUUGUUGCUACGGAUGGCCAAUGAAUUCGAAAAUCCACUUGCCAAAUUCGAUGAUGAUUAUGAUUCAAUUGAACAAUGUCUGUCAACAACAAUUUGCGACCUACGAAUUGAAACCAGAUAUUUUAUGUGGACAAAACUUUCACCCGAACUACAACAAUGGAUGAUAGAUUUGACUGAAGAAAAUAUGAAAGAUUUAUAUGACUCAUGUUCAUGGAAAUGGCAACGAAAAUCCAAACUCGGUGAACUGAAACAUUCGACCGCUAAACAUUUGAUCAUUUUCCAUAAGCCGACGGUGGAUUCAUCACCACCAUCAAAACCGAUUGCAUUCGUUCAUUUUCGUUUCGAACAAGGAUAUGUUUCUGAUGCCGUCUUAUAUUGCUAUGAAUUACAAGUCGAACAGUCAUAUCAACAUAAAGGUUUUGGUCGCUAUCUUAUGAAUCUAUUGGAAUUGAUGGCGAAAAAAUUUCGAAUGCAAAAAGUAAUUGUCACCGUAUUGAAAAAUAAUAAUCAAGCCACUCAAUUCUAUUCGAACGGAUUACAAUUUAAAAUUGAUAAAAAUUCACCAAGCUAUUUCCAACAGGAAGCUGAUUAUGAGAUUUUAUCGAAACGAGUUUCCUCAUUGAUUUAAUUUGAAAUUCAAUGAUUAAUCAUCAUCGAAUUUAUUUUGUUCAUUUUUCUAAAUAAAUUGCUUUUUCUUAAUA